CACAUGAAGCUAAAGCACACACUUCUGACUUAAUUGCUCAGGUUAUAAGGCCAUAGAAAAAGGAAUAAUAGAGAAUAUCAACUGAGUUAUUUUCAGUUAUGCUCAGAUCUAUGUUUUAUACAGGCUCAUGACUAAGGAGAUCCUAUGCCAGCCCCUUGAGGGAAGGCCUUUUGGAUGCAGGAUGAACUACUGUGAGUACGGUUGGCAAGAUGCUCACCACUGAUAUUUAGGUACUGCUUUGCAGCAUCUGUCAUCUGUGAUGUUCUUACAGGCAGAACAAACACCCAUAUGCUGCCCCCUCUGCAGAGGAACUCGGGGCUAAGAUGCCGAUUUUUGCAGCAGCAGAGAUUUCUAGAAGGACUGGUUCUGGUUGGGGAAACUGGCACUGUCCGCGAUUGCAGAUGCCAACUACUUGCAUUUUGUGGAUGGAUUUAACUACAGGCUUCUCUGAGAUCAAAAAAUAUUAAUCUGCUCACGUGCUUCAAGAAAGUUCCAUCCAGCUGGCCUGAGGAUGGAGUCCCUCCCCGAAGCGGUCCUGAUCAGAAUCCUGGCUUCCAUACCUGCGGUGGAUUUGGUGCUGGCGUGUCGCCUGGUCUGCUGCCAGUGGAAGAACCUGAUCGAUGGAGCUGCGCUUUGGAUCCUGAAGUGUCAGCAGGAAGGCCUCACUGGAGCAGAGUCACAGGAGAAUGCAGAGAACUGGCAAAAUUUCUACUUCCUGAGCAAGAAAAGGAAGAAUCUCAUCAAGAACCCCUGUGGUGAAGAAGACCUGCAGCACUGGGGAGAGGUAGAGAACGGAGGUGAUGGCUGGAAAAUUGAAGAUCUCCCAGGGGACUUUGGAAAAGAAUUCCCUAGUGAAGAAGUCCAUAAAUACUUUGUUACAUCUUAUGAGUGGUGUCGAAAGGCUCAGGUCAUUGACCUUAGGGCUGAGGGCUACUGGGAAGAGCUGAUGGAUACAACACAGCCUAAAGUUGUGGUAAGAGACUGGUACGCAGGACGCAGCGAUGCUGGCUGCCUCUACGAGCUCUGUGUGAAGCUGCUCUCAGAGAAUGAGGAUGUUCUGGCCGAGUACAAAAGUGAGACUAUCACCAUCCCCCAGGACAAUGAUGCCAGCUGGACUGAGAUCUCCCACACCUUUUCUGACUACGGGCCUGGAGUCCGCUUUGUCCGCUUCGAACACGGUGGCCAGGACACGCUGUUCUGGAAGGGCUGGUAUGGUGUACGUGUUACCAACAGCAGCGUGACAGUGGAGCCAUAGCUGUGCUGAACUGGGACACACAUGCUGGAGCUGAAAUCCCUCAGAGCAUCCCAUGGCCUUUGGAUGGUUUCUGCAUGGUGCUGCUUGCAGGCUGUAGAACAUACAACCUUUCUGUUCACGAAUGUGUGUACAAGGUGCCAGGGGCCACCAUCCCUCUUUCCUCAAGAUGACUAUGCAAAGGAUGCAAAUAGAUUUGUGAAUGUACCAUGUUAGACUCAGCCUCACCACUUGCACUGAUGUUCUCCAUCAGGGAGAUAACCUAAAAAUCCUGCAGACCUCACUUCUGAGCUGCUAAACCCUAGCACCCAGCCUGAGCUAGACACCCCUCCUGCCGCUUCCCAGACUUCGGCACUCCUUAACUUUAAGCGGUAAUUUGGGCAUAUUUUCUGGAAGUUAAAGAGUGGGGCAAAAAAAAAGGAAGAAAGAACAGCAUAGACCUUGUGCUGUUGAGAACACAGCAGAAAGCUGCUGUUAGCCCCACUUGGUCUCAGUUCUUCCUGCCUACUAACAGUGUGUGUAGAACAUACACGUUUCCCUCCACUCCAUGUGCUCACUGACAAGACAACACUGUACACACCCCCACCAGUGCCUCUUGAUAGCGCUCAGGGCUUUGAGCCACCGUCCUGGACACCCAGGCUUCCCUGAGCCCAGCCUGCCCUGCUAGUCAGGCCUCUCCAAGGAGCAUCCCCUUGAUAGAGCUGGUGUUGCCUAGAGAGAGGGCCACUUACAUUUCUGUGUCCACCUGCCUGUCUUCCCUUCCUGGGCUGCCAGCACAUGCAUCUUUGAAUGCCACUUUGCAUCAAAGUGCACCCUUAUGAGCGCAGUGUAACUACUACUACCCGUAGCCAAAGGAGAGAGCAUCCGAGCUGCUCACUAUGUGCAUGCUCUGCUUCAUCAGGCUUUCUGCACUGCUGCACCUGGAUGCCUGGGGCACACUGGCCUCCCAAACCACAGCCCUGCCAGGCCACAGUCCAGGCAAACAUAAUAAAAUAACACAGUUUUGUGUGGAUCUUC